UUUUUCUGUCACUAACUCUCUCUCACUCACUAUAUAAGAAUAAUUGAUUUUAAUGGUAUGUCAAGAGUAGAACUUUACAAAAAAAACAAAGCAGACUUGAAUUUGAGAGAAAGAGAUGAAGAUGGAGGACAUAGAGCAUAGAACUAUAGAGGUGAAUGGCAUAAACAUACACGUAGCCCUCAAGGGUCAAGGCCCGGUCAUCUUAUUCCUCCACGGCUUCCCGGAGCUGUGGUACACGUGGCGGCACCAGAUACUGACACUGGCUUCGCUGGGCUACCGAGCUGUGGCGCCGGACCUCCGUGGCUACGGCGACACCGAUGCACCGCCGUCGGUGACGAGCUACACGUGUAUGGACGUGGUUGGAGAUCUGAUAGCGCUGUUGGACGUCAUAGCUCCAGAGGAGAAGGUGUUUGUGGUAGGACAUGACUGGGGUGCCGUCAUUGCUUGGUACCUUUGCUUGUUCAGACCAGAUCGCGUUAAGGCUUUGGUGAACCUCAGUGUGGCUUUUAACCCUAGGCACCCUAAGAGGAAGCCUUAUGAGACCUUGAAAGCCGUCUAUGGUGAUGACUACUACGUUUGUAGAUUUCAGGAAAUUGGAGAUAUAGAAGAUGAAUUUGCCAAAAUAGGAACCCAACAAGUUAUAAAGGAAUUCUACUCGUACAGAAAUCCUGGCCCACUUAUGUUCGCUAAAGGGAAAGGGUUUCCACACUUGAAAGAUGCCCCAACUCCAACUGAGUUGCCUUCUUGGUUAACCCAGCAAGACCUUGAUUACUACACUAGUAAAUUUGAGAACAAAGGCUUCACUGGCGGAAUCAACUAUUACCGAAACAUAAACAGAAACUGGGAACUGACAGCACCAUGGACUGGGGACAAAAUAAAAGUACCAGUGAUGUUUAUAGUAGGGGAUUUGGACCUCGUAUACAAUUCAUUGGGAACCAAGGAUUACAUACACAAGGGUGGAUUCAAAAAAGAUGUUCCUUUUCUAGAAGAGGUCAUAGUCAUGGAAGGUGUUGGACACUUCAUUAAUGAAGAAAAGCCUGAUGAGAUUAACAAACACAUUUUUUAUUUCUUCAACAAGUUCUAGUUAAUAAUAAUGACGAAUCAUUGUUAUUAAUAAAAAAUUAUAUUUCCAUUAUCCUUACAGCA